AUGCUAUUAUUUUGAAAGUUUCCGGCGGAUGUUGAACUCCAGUUUAGCUUUUUAGACUUUACUACCAGACGAACCGAAGGGGGUUUUCUUCGCACUGUGACUCCUGAUUCUUAAGACUAUUUUUUUUAUAUUAAUAUAUAUUUUUUCUCAGAGGUUUAACCUCACAGCAGCCAUGGCGCUGACCGACGCGGACGUUCAGAAACAGAUCAAGCACAUGAUGGCGUUCAUUGAGCAAGAGGCGAAGGAGAAAGUUGAGGAAAUCAAUUCUAAGGCAGAGGAAGAAUUCAACAUCGAGAAAGGCCGCCUGGUGCAGACUCAGCGAGUGAAGAUCAUGGAGUACUUCGAGAAGAAGGAGAAGCAGAUCGAGCAGCACAAGAGAAUCCAGAUGUCCCACCUGAAUAACCAAGCCAGGCUGAAGGUGCUGAAGGCCCGAGAUGACAUGAUCACGGAUCUAUUAAAUGAAGCUCUUAAAAGACUCGCAGAGCUCGUCAAAGACCCCGAAACGUACUCUAAGCUUCUGGACGGCCUGAUUCUUCAGGGGCUUUACCAGCUACUGGAGCCGAAGGUGACCAUCCGCUGUCGUCAGCAGGAUCUGGAAAUAGUUCAGGCAUCAGUCAGUAAGAAUAUCCCCGUCUACAAAGAGGCUGUGAAGAGCAACAUCACCGUCAGGAUUGACCGGGAUCGUUUUCUUCCAUCUGACAUCUGUGGAGGAAUAGAAGUGUGUAACGAUAAUGGAAAGAUCAGAGUUUCUAACACUUUGGAGAGUCGACUUGAACUUCUUGCAGAGCAGAUGAUGCCUGAAAUCAGGGUCAGCUUGUUCGGCGCCAAUCCCAACCGCAAGUUCCUGGAUUAAUGACGGGGAAAACGGUGUUCCUCAGAACUUGGGAAGAUGUUCUCGACGGAGUCACGGCUCUGCUUCUGUUCCGUUGUGGAGUGAAUGAAGGUCUUCUCCUGCUUCCACUAAUGGGCCUGCUGACUUUAAUCCCACACAAACUGAAGAAGGAUCAUUUCAUGAGGUUAUGUGAAGUUAAAUGUUUUUAUUUUUCCUUUGGCUUUAAGCAUCAUAAAUGCUGUUCUUCAGCAGCUCUCAGGAGUUACUUUAUUUCAUCUGAACAUCAUAGGAUUGUUCAUAUUAUAUUUGUUGUUUUAGGGUCAACUUUCCCUACUAGUCCUUCAAAAUAAAAGCUUUGGAGUUUGCAGCUCUUCCUGAUUUUUCUGCUGCAUUCUCCUUCUUGUUUUAUGGUAACCUGACGUAUUUUCUCUGAUUCCAAAGUAUGUUUUAUGUGAUUGAGACAUUAGGAUAUCUUAAUCCUAGCUGUCAAAGAAAAUGCAACAGUUUUAUUUUAUUGAUGGGCUCAGUGAUCAAUCAGGUGCUCUUUUAUUUAUGUGUAUGUCUUUAAAUACCUCACUGGAAGUAGACGGGACUUUUCUAACAUGUUGUUUGUUAAAUGGAGUUUAUCAAAGCUCCAUGGUAACCGUCCUUUAAUGGUGUUAAAUUAAGUCUGCAUUAAAUCUAAAGUUGGUGCUAAAAACAUUUUGUGAUUUGUGCAAAAUAAACACCAGUUUGACUCUGA